AAGUCUACAAGUAGUGGGGUCCAUGUGUGGAAACAUUGCUUUUCCACCCUCACCAUGUCGGCAGGGCCUAAAUCUGUGCUUGCCCUUCAUGCCAAAAUCAUAGAUGCUCUUUCACCAACCUCGGGCGUGUACGGUGUGCUCUGGCCAGUCAUCGUGAAUCAAGGAGUGGUCGACUUCCGCGUGCACACGUUGCGGAAUGUCAAUCACUAUCUUCGUAGUCUUUGUGAUAUGCACGUUCUGUCGGAUGUAGCAAUACAGGAGUACAAGUCUUAUCACGAUAGGGCAAUGCACAUACCAUAUACACUGGAUGUUGCUUUCGUUGGCACAGAAUGGCGUUGUUGGACACUCGAUAGUUGGUGUUUCGCUACCAUUAAAGAUCUGGACCAUUUUCUUGCCCUUGGUAACAUC